UUAGCUUUGACAGGUGUCGUCUUUUGACGAGUUAAAAAUACUCUUAUGCAUCAGAAAUAUGAAACAAGACACUAAAUAUAAUAUCUCGGAAUUGUCUAUUACUGCACUACCCACUAAAACAUGACUCUUGACUCCGGAUUCAAAUGACUCCUCGCACUGAAAUUCAGUCGCCACAAAGAAAGGGAGGGAAAUGAGUGCCUUGCAUUGCGGGGCUGUUGCUGUGCCUACCUGUCGCUUAGUCUAGCGACAUUUAUUUGGUGAAUAAGGACCUAGAUUAUAACAUUCAGCACUAGGGACACAUGGCAUACACGGUUAACUUAUCACUGUAUUUGGAAUAGUGCUGACUGGGUUCUCUAAGUGCGAGGACAGUAUCUCGCCUUUUGCAGAGAGGCCGCCGGGGUUUCAAAAGCUAACUACAGCGGAGCAACCUACUCGUGCCUCUGUUCUCUGAACGGAAAAAGAUAACCUGACAAAGCUGAAGGACUUGAGGUCCAGUCUGGCGAGACGGGCAAACCAUCGCAACAGCUGGCUGGCUCACUUAAUACCCGGAAGACAGCCAGCAACACCGGGGUAGAAUACAGGUGAUCGAAGGCUGUCUCGGGAGAAGUUAUGGGACCCUUGCUCGUACUAGGGCGCAUACCUCGCUGAGUCACUCAGACAUGAAAUGGCAGAGGACGAUGUCGCCAACAGAUAACACGAAACUACACAAAACUUUUUAAAAAAUUAUAAUAGACAGUCAAGUCAGUGGCUAACAGACUGAAAUCCUGCUUCCGCCACUGAGGAUCACGUACUGCGCAUGCGCUAAAUAAUAAACGAAAUAUCCUCAUUGUUGGUAUCUGCUUCCCUGGAUGCUGCAUCCUUCAGCAGCAAUUGAACAGUUGUCAAUCAUUGUGAGCAGGCACCACCUAUGACGUCACUCUAGGUAGGUCACCGAUGACGUCAGCAAGGGUGCAGGUGACGGCUGCGCAGCUGAAGGCGCUGCUGGUGCGACUGGUUCUCUGUCUGCACUUCUUGCUGGUCGUAUGGCGGGUCACCGUGGCUUGGGGCAAGACGCUGUGGUUCCUGACAUGCGCAAUCGCGCCCUUCCUGAUCGAGACCAUCUUCACCAUUGUCAAACGCAAAGGGACAGAAUGGAAGUGGUUCUCCUUGUGCUUCUUCUUCUACUCGGGUGCCACGCUACCCGGAAUCUGGUUGCUGGAGAUCAAGAGGACAAAGACAUACCUUAGUGCCAACGUUACAUCUUUGGAGGACAUCAUGAUCCCUGGGCUGGACAUCCCACUGCGGCUUAGCUCGGAUACAUGGGUGCUGGUGAUGGAAGAGCUGUUGCUGUACCUGAUGAUCCUGGGACGCUGGAUUUUGCCGCGAGGUCACGUGGGCAGGGAAGAGCUCUCCCAGCUCCUCUUCGCCUUCCUUGGAAUGGCCUCGGAUAUGAUAGACCUGUUCUCGCUGUUCGAGGAGGACAGGAUCCGUGUGGACAUGAGCGUGACGUAUGCACUGCUGGCCGUGUGGUCGUGGAGCGUGCUGCAGUUCUCCCUCACCUUCUACACGGCGCACCGCCCCAGGCGAGCUCGAGGCUUGCAGAUGACCGGACACCGCCAUGACACCUUGUCCGUCUAUCGCUUGAACAUCAUUUACACGGAGCUGGCCGCCUCCUUCGUGUCCCUGUUCAUGCAGGACGGUCCAUUUCUAGCGCUGAGGCUGUACACCGUUGUGGUCUACCAGACUGUUAACCACAGCACGAUCUUUUUCAUUUGCAAAAACAUCCUGGUCAUCUUCAUUCUGAUCUACAAGAUCGUCAUCUUGUGCCAUAAGCGCGUCCGACAGAAGUCAGAGGAAGACGGGAGUGAGGUCGUCGAUGAGGGGGCGAAGGAUACAGAGCAGAGCCUGAGGGGCAUUAAGAACGGCCACAGUGCAAAGCGAGAGCUUGUCGAGUACAACAACCACGUUGAUCUUGAAGAAAGUGACAACCAGGUGACCUCUGUCGAUGAUGGGGGCCAGACAGUAGACGAACUUGUUGCAGAAAGCAGCAAUACAGAUGUGACCGGACCCCUCUGUUUGGAUGCAUCAGGGGAUGCGCCACUAUCACCGGAGAAAGAUAGGAUGGAUAGACAAGAACAGGAGAAGGAAGAGUUGGAGCGACAGGAGAACAAAGACGGCAACCUCACGGUCAACAUAGACACCACAACUAACAUUGAUAAUCAUAUUAAUUAAUAAUGAACAGUCAAACCAAAGAGGAUCCUCUUUGGUCAAUCUAACAUCCAUCUCUUAACGGACUUCAGCACAUGAGUCAGUCUCUGUUUCCGCCCUGGGUCAUGUGACCCUGCACGACACCUUAUUAAAGGAUGCUUUUCAUGGUUCCUUGGAGGGUGGUCGACGCCGCAGUAGCUAAAGGAAGAGCAGAUUUACGAACAUCAAAGACUGGACUGGUCGUCCUGUGCAAAACCUGUUCACUAUCGCCCAAAACAGAUGUAAGUGGUUGGUCAGCUGCAGUAUCUAUCUGUGAGCUCCUACCAACGAGAGGUACCUGUCAAGGGACGAAUGACUGAGUUUCCAGGCAGUAAUAUCGAAAGACCACCAAAGCGUGACGGUGCUGCUCCAGUGGACACGAUAGGAGUGUAACUGAGACACAUCUGGGAUUAGUAGUGGGCACCCCUGGGAGCAAUGUUGGGCUUGGGAGUACUACCGGGACGUCUACCGCUCUCAUGACGGGACAAUAUUGUUCUUUCGUUCCGACUGCAUUAAUUUCUAAAGCAAACGACAUUUAAUAUGGAAGUGUAAUAUGAAUAUAAUAUGAAUAAUCUGGUAAGUUUAUUUUAAGAGUGAUUGGUUGAUAUAAAUCAUUGUAAAAUUAGUACAAUGACUAAUAAAAUUUCAGGAUUGGAAUCUAUAGCCAUUAAAAAAAAAUUAAUAAAUUCAAAUGUAUUAACGCAAGUUUGUGUCUAGCAACAGAUUAUGAUUAUAUAAAUGUUACUGUACUGCGCAGCAGGUUCCAUUAUCCAUUAAAUAAAAGGCAAAAACAAUU